GUUCUGACUUUUUGAGUAUUUGACUGGUAGUUGAGUCGGCUGUAUUUGUUUUAGCUCAGAGUUGAGCAAAUACUCGCACAAUUCAUAAUUCGCGUGGUCUUAGAUUUUCUUGGUGUCUGAAUAUUUCAAUAACCAUAAUGUUUUAAUAUCACGACAAGGACGUUUGUGUUGUUGGGUAGCAGUAAUCGAGUUGUGUGUGUGAAAUAUAUAUCAUGUCUUGUGUAUAUCUAUAAACGUUUUUGUAUUUCGAACAAUUUGAGGGAGUGGGUAGGUGGAAAUGGCGUCAGGCGGCGGAGCAGAGGCUGUGAGGAGUCCGCUGCUGGAGAGGAAGGCGGCGACGGCGAAGGAUGGGUGGUUGAACAAGGUUAUUGAUGUCGAGGAGGCGAAGGACCAGAUAUUGUUCGCGCUGCCGAUGAUUCUGACAAAUGUUUCCUACUACUGCAUCCCUCUUGUCUCAGUUAUGUUCGCCGGCCACCUCGGAGAACUCCAGCUUGCUGGCUCCAACCUCGCCAAUUCCUGGGCUGCUGUCUCUGGUUUUGCUCUCAUGGUUGGCUUGAGUGGUGCGCUCGAGACAUUAUGCGGCCAAGGAUUUGGCGCAAAACUAUAUAGAAUGUUAGGUGUCUAUCUUCAGGCGUCCUGCAUCAUAACCAUCAUCUUCACUAUCAUCAUAUCCGUCCUCUGGUGGUAUUCAGACUUCGUUCUGACUUUGCUACAUCAAGAUCCUCAAAUAGCAGGAGCAGCUGGUCUCUAUUUGAAGUACCUCAUCCCCGGACUAUUUGCUUACGGGUUCUUGCAAAACAUCUUGAGAUUUCUUCAGACACAAUGUAUCGUUUUGCCACUUGUUGUCUGCUCAUUGGUCCCUCUUGCUUUCCACAUCGGCAUCGCCUAUGCUUUGGUUCAUUGGACCGGACUUGGAUACAGGGGAGCACCACUAGCAGCCUCGAUAUCAUUGUGGGUUUCCGUUCUCAUGCUAGGCCUGUACGUCGUUAAGGCAAAGGAGUUUGAGCAAACAUGGGAGGGAUUUACGUUGGAGUCGUUGGGUCAUGUUUUCACAAACUUGAAGAUUGCUUUGCCUUCUGCGGCUAUGGUGUGUCUCGAGUAUUGGGCUUUUGAGAUUCUUGUUUUGUUGGCGGGACUGAUGCCGAACUCGGAAAUCACUACUUCUCUGGUAGCAAUGUGUGUAAACACAGAAGCCAUCUCCUACAUGAUUGCUUAUGGUCUGAGUGCCGCAGCUAGCACAAGGGUGUCCAAUGAGUUAGGAGCUGGAAAUUCCAAUCAAGCUAAGCGUGCCAUGGCCGUCACUCUUAAGCUAACCGUUUUCCUUGCAGUUCUUGUUGUUUUAGCACUAUCUCUUGGUCAUAACCUCUGGGCUGGAUCCUUCAGUGACAGCCCCGUAAUAAUAGACGCAUUUGCCUCAAUGACUCCCUUGCUCGUCGCCUCCAUAUUAUGUGAUUUUGUCCAAGGAAUCUUAUCAGGCGUCGCAAGAGGGUGCGGCUGGCAGCAUUUGGCUGUGUUCAUUAACUUGGGAACAUUCUAUUUCAUCGGCAUGCCUAUUGCUAGUCUCCUUGGUUUCAAGUUCAAACUACAUGCCAAGGGUUUGUGGAUUGGCUUAAUCUGCGGUCUAGCGGUGCAGAUGAUAGGUCUUUUGCUGCUUACAAAGUUCACAAAAUGGACAAGAAUAGAGCUGUCCCAAGAUCCAUCAGCCAAGACUGUUGAGGAUGUCUGAGUUCUUUCAGCUGCCACCUGGAUUUCAUGAACAAACUCUGUUUUCUAUCCUUUUUCCACCAUUGAAAAUUCUGAGUCAUAUAGAAUUUGAUCCCACGUUGUAAAGAGCCGAGGAUUGUUGCAAGAGAACAAUUAAGUUAUAUUUAAAUGUUUAAUUAUUUGGGAUUAGAUUGUAUGAUUCAAUUUAUUUCCUCAGAAAAUUUUUUACUCUCA